GCAAACAAACAGGGCGACUACUUAAGCACUCCGGCCGCAUCCAUCGAAGCAUAAUCCCAGCAAUCAUACUACCAACAUGAAGUCAUUUAUUCAGAUCGGCGGCGUCUGUGUCCUAGUUCUCGUCCUCUGUUGCCUAGACUAUUCGGGGGCGGCAAAUAGCUCCACUUCUACUUCGUCCUACAGCUCUUCGGAAGAUACCCCCAAAAAGGUGUACGUGUCCAAUCUUACGUAUUCGGCCGUAAGGAAGAUCCGCGUAGGCACCACGACCGCCAGCACCACCAGCAAGAGUUCUAAAACCAAGAGCAACCGUAAACUGAACGCCAAGAAGACCCAGGCCAAGCGGAGCAAGGCCAAACGCUCUAGCAACCGGAAACUGAACGCUCGCCGGGUCAGAGGUUAA